AUGGAUUGCGAAUCUCUUCUCACCGCUCUCGACGUCUCAACACUUCUCUCAUCUCUCGCCUCUCCUGAUAAGGAGCAUCGUCGUAAACGGCGUCGUGGAGAAGUGGCGAAUCCAUCGAACACCUUAGACGCUCUCGUCGCUAGAAAAGCCGAUGAUCAACCAUUCGAGAAACGAUAUUUGAGCGAACAAGAGGCCAUCGAGGGGCCGGAUGAUGAGAUUGAAAUGAAGAAGAUGGAAUUGGACCCUGAUGUGUCUACGAGAACAUGCUCAACUUGCGGAUACCAAGGAAAAUGGGUGUCGGAAAUGAUCCGUCAUAAGAGAGUUCAUACGUCGGAGAGACCAUUCAAAUGUAGAUAUUGUUCGAGAACCAGCAAAUGGAAGGCUGAUUUAAUUCGACAUGUUGCUAAAACCCAUGGAAUCCGCGUCGUCUCCAAAUACAGCCGUUCCAAAGUCUUCGAUUCCACCAACACCUCGGUCGACUCUUCCUGCUCCCCUGACUGCAGUAUCCCAGAAAAACGCACAGUCUUCUAUCGCUGCCAGCUCUGCGCAUUUGAAGAUGAGCGAGUUUCAGUGCUCACCAAUCAUAUCACUCAUGUGCAUAACACCUCACCAUGCGUCUGCCGGUGUGGAGCCAAAUUUGAAGACGUUCAGGGAGCACUGGCACAUUCUAGCGGGCCUUGCGGUCAUGUGGAUAUGAUUUAUAAUGUGAUGCCGACUUAUGAGAAAGCCUCUCCACUCUCCCCAUGUCGAAGUGAGUCCUCAUCGGACAGUGGCAUCCAAACAGAUCCCGAAGAAGAGCUUCAUUCUCUUCCAACUCCUCCUCAACUCGGUGCCUCACCUCUUCUUCUGUCUCCAACGCUUCCAGUUCUACCACAAACCAGUCCAUCCUUUCUCCCAGACAUGCAAACAGCUCUUCUGAAUCUUCAACCAAAUCCUUUGAUGUCUUUAUACUUGGCAUCCCUCCUCCAAUCAUCUCUUUUGAAUAGUCCAACUAUUCAACUCCCACAACUUGUCCCAACUACAGUAAUCCAACCUCAAUCCGAGGAAAUGGUCGAUGUGGAGAUGUGA